AUGACUGGACGCAUAACCCUCAUUGAACACAGUAUGCACAUCAGUGUACUCGAAGAAAGACGAUCGAAGGAGAAACAUAUACAGGCCUUACCUUUAGCUAGUGAACGUUCUAUCACCAAGAAAAUGCCAGCAACCAGAAGUCAAACUCGGAAGGCAGAUGAGAAACACCCUCAGCCUCAACACGACCCUCAACCGCAAGCUCGGCUUCAGCCUUCAAAGCCAUUCAACGUCAAAGAAGCUUAUGUCAUGCUGUUAUCCGAGUUAAGAAUUCGCAGCAUGAUAGGGUCCUAUAUGAUGUACGACCAGUCAGACAGGUACAGCCAACUUGCGUUUUGGCUGCUCAUAGUAGCUAGUAUACUAAUGGGCCUGGCUUCAGCCAGUCUAACCACGCUCAUCCCCGUAGGUGACGGGUGGCUCCCUUACCUAGCGAAGACAAUCAUAGGAGCAAUCACUGCCACGGCUGGCUCUUUCAAAGCUGGCAGCAUCUUCCUUUUAGAGAAGUUUGAGAAGAAGCAAGAGCUCUUCAACAAGACAGGCGCGGAAUGGCAGAAACUUGAGCUGAAGAUCCGCCUGUUUCUUGACACAGCGGACGACACACUCACCAGGGAAGCAUACCAAAAAUUUGCAGAGGAUUGUAUUGAAGAACGGACAACCAUAUGCUGCCUUUCAAAACCAGAGCGAGACAUCUACAGAAAAUAUAAUGAAGAAUCCAGUCAUAUUUUGGAAUCAUAUCGGGAAAAGAAAUCUGUAGUCGCAGAAAUUCAAGCUGAACUUGACAGGCUGCAGAACCAGAGAGAAACAUCCCGGGAGCGGAACAAGAAGAAGACAACAUCUUGCUUCCAAAGAUUUUCCGCCGUUUGGAAAAACAUACUUUCAUGCUUAUGCGUAUCAACGCUAAUCCUUUUAAUGUUUUGUUUUCUCAUUUGGAAAUUACUGAUUACCUACCCUUCAGAAUGAA